GGAGCUGCAAAACUUUUUUGGGGGCGCUUUGGAGAGUGAGACGGCCGCAUCACCGCAGCGCUACGUGAUGCAAAAACAAACCGCGUAUACUUCGAGUACAGUUUGAAAGGACACUUCGCGGGGUUAAGGAAAGUACCAUGGGACUCCCCACGUUGGAGUUCAGUGACUCGUUCCUGGACAGUCCGGACUUCAGAGAACGUCUCAAAUGCCACGAAAUCGAGCUGGAGCGGACCAAUAAAUUCAUCAAAGAGCUAAUCAAGGAUGGGAACAUGCUAAUCACUGCGCUCAAGAAUCUCUCCGCUGCCGUCCAGAAGUCCCAGUCCCUGCAGGAGUUCCAGUUUGAGUGCAUCGGUGAUGCAGAGACGGAUGACGAGGUGAACAUUGCUCAGUCAUUCAAAGAGUUCUCCCAGCUGUUGACCACUGUUGAAGAGGAAAGAAGACGCUUGAUUCAGAAUGCUGAUGAUGUGUUGAUUACUCCCCUGGAAAAAUUUCGUAAGGAGCAAAUCGGCGCUGCGAAGGAGGGCAAGAAGAAAUUCGAUAAGGAGACUGAGAAAUACUACUCCACGCUUGAGAGACACCUUGGCUUAUCAUCCAAAAAGAAGGAGGCAUAUCUGCAGGAGGCCGACACGCAGAUUGAUAAGGAGAGGCAACUCUUCUAUGACGCGUCCCUUGAGUAUGUUUUCAAAAUACAAGAAGUGCAAGAGAAGAAGAAAUUUGAGUUUGUUGAGCCGCUCCUGGCCUUUCUUCAGGGUUUGUUUACGUUCUACCACGAAGGAUACGAGCUGGCUCAUGAAUUUGAGCCGUACAAACAGCAGCUCCAGUUCAACCUGCAGAACACCCGAAACAACUUUGUGAGCACCAAGCAGGAAGUGGAGAAGCUGAUGAAGAGGAUACGGUCUGCAGAUCAGGACUAUAAACCCCCGGGCCAGUGGACGAUGGAAGGCUUCCUGUACGUCCAGGAGAAACGGCCCCUGGGAUGCACUUGGACGCGUCACUACUGCACAUAUGAGAAAGGCAGCAAGACCUUCAGCAUGAGCAUCACUGAAAGUAAAGCGGCCGCCAAACAGAACGGUCUUGUCCUGAACCAGCCGGAGAUGUUCAAGCUCAAGUCUUGCAUUCGGAGGAAAACGGACUCCAUCGACAAGCGUUUCUGCUUUGAUAUCGAAGUGAUGGAGAGGCAUGGCGUUAUGACACUGCAGGCACUCUCUGAGCCCAACAGAAGAUUGUGGCUGGAGGCCAUGGAUGGCAAGGAGCCGAUUUACAACCUGCCAGCAAUAUUAAGCAAAAAGGAAGAAACAUUUCUUAAUGAGGCGGGCUUUAACUUUGUAAGGAAAUGCAUCGACCUGGUGGAGAUUAGAGGCAUAAAUACAAUGGGACUGUACAGGAUUGGAGGAGUCAACUCCAAAGUACAGAAGCUGAUGACCACAGUCUUUUCAUCCAGGGCUCCUGUGGAUAUGGACCUGGAUCCAGAGACGUGGGACAACAAAACUAUUACCAGCGGUCUCAAGAAUUACCUCAGAUGUCUCUCUGAGCCUCUAAUGACCUUCAAGCUCCACAAAGAUUUCAUCUUGGCUGUCAAGUCGGAUGACCAGAACUACCGGGUGUGUGCUGUCCAUGCUUUGGUUCACAAGCUGCCGGAGAGGAACAAGGAAAUGCUGGCGCUGCUUAUAAAGCACCUCGUCACAGUAUCCACACAAAGCCAGUCCAACCUGAUGACAGUGUCCAACCUGGGUGUCAUCUUUGGGCCCACCCUGAUGCGCUCACAAGAGGAAACCGUGGCCGCCAUGAUGAACAUCAAGUUUCAGAACAUAGUGAUGGAGAUACUAAUCGAGAACUUCAGCAAAAUCUUCCACCAGCCUCCGGACCCCAACAUGCCCCUGCCCCAGCCCCAGAGCCGACCCGGCUCUCGCAGGAGCAGGGCCAUCUGUCUGUCCACGGGGCCCAGGAAGCCCCGCAGCCUCUACACCCCAACCCUGUGCCUGGCAGAUGCAGAAAGUGACACUUUCAGCAGCAGUCCAAGCAGCACCCCCACGGGCAGCAUGGAGUCUUUGUCCUCCCACUCCUCUGAGCAGAAUAGCUCUUCCAAAUCAGCCUGCUCUGCUCAGGUCAAGGACAAGUCGCUGCUGGACCUCCGCCGAAUGCCAUCGCAGCUCUCAAUCGGCCCCAGGAGCGCCGUGUGUGUCAGCAGCCCGGAGUCCAGCUCCAGGGAGGACCCGGGCCGUACAGAUGGAGAGUCGGAGGACGCUCUCAGCCUGUCCUCAGUGAGCACAGCGCCUUGGCUGUCUCCCGCCCCCAAAAAAGCCCCGCACUGCCGCAUUGACCUCAGGCCAGCGCUGCUGAACCGCUCCGCUGGCCCCUCCCUGAAAUCACUGCAUAUUUCUGAAGGCCACAGGAGCCGCUCUGGAUCCGUCCAAAGUCUGUCAACACUGGAGCCCGGCGAGAGUCUGAGGCCCUCGGAGCUCCCAGACCUGCCUCCAAAACGAGAGCUCCGCUGCAGAGUCGACGCCUCAGUCAGCAACGGCUACCAAAGGCCCGGCUCAGUGGUCGCUGCCAGAGCCCUGCUUUUUGAAAACGCCUCUUCGUCGCAGUCUGUUCCAGUCGGCCGAGAUGCCAAGGCGAUGUAUUCCUGCGAGGCCGAGCACAGCCACGAGCUCAGCUUCCCCCAGGGGGCGCACUUCUCAAACGUCUACCCCUCUGUUGAACCCGGCUGGCUCCAAGCAACGUACGAGGGGAAAACCGGUUUAAUCCCUGAGAAUUAUGUUGUCUUCCUCUAACAAGCUGGUCAACAUUGCAUCGUUUUCAUGGUAUCCAUGAAGAAAAACAAGAAGAAUACAGACGAUACACGAUGUGGCUGAUUGUUGUAAUGUUUCUAUUAUUGCUGGUAACUGACGUUUCUGCAUAGUCUGACCAGGUAUGAAGCAGUGCAGUAAUUGCUUUGACAGAUCUAUACAUCCCAUAUAAUGUACCUCCCUCUCUGCAUUGACUAAUCGUGAAAUGUUUGUUGAAUCUGCAGAGAUUCACAAAUUAUUGUCAGGUGAAAAUAUAUUACUCGUCGACCGCACUGAUGUUUUAAAUCCCAGUAUUCGCCUCCAGAAUCACAAAACGAUCACAACUAAUUUCACAAGUUUUAUUUUCAGAGAUAUAUUAUCUUUUAACGUUCUCAUUAUAUCGACAUAACACUUUCCUUUCAUCAAUGGAAAUCUGCAGUUUCACAAACAUCCUCUAUCAGCCGUAAUUGAAACUAACUGGGAUUUUUUUUUAAAAUAGUGAUACUGAUCUAUCUAUUAGAAUCUAAUAAAGAGAAGCAGAAUGUGUUUGCACCUUAACGUCCAUGUUUGUGGCCUGUGAUCAUUGUUCCUCCACUGAACCGGCUCACUGCUGCUGCAGUGCACAGUACUGUACUCUACAGUAGCACUCAUGACAUCUUCUGUAGUUGCUAAUCCAAAAUAUUUACUUUGUUUAACUGUUUAUUACUAUAAAUUAUCACAUCAAAUAUAUCCUGUGUCAAAUAUUUUUAGAAUGUCAUGAAUGCUAUUUUCACAAGGUGUAGUUUGAUGUCUCCUGUGGUACUGUACUCACUGGUACACCGGUGCAAAAGUAAUGAUAACCAGACAGAUUAUAUUAUGGUAAAGAUAUUAUUUUAUAUUAAUACUUUUUUUUUCAUUUCUGUCACAACAUUUCCAGAGUACAAUGUUCACGAUUAUUGAAAAGAAGGUAACUUCAGUGGUACUAUUUCAAGAAAAAAAAUUUUUUUUAAAGAAAGCAAAUGAUCAACAACACACACGCUAUUCAAUUAUUACAAACUGAAAAUGUACUCCAAAUGUCAGGAUCAUGAUGUUCUUUUGCAUUUACAUUUGUAAGAGUGCGAGGCGACCUCGAGCAUUCAUGCUGGAAUACUCCCUUAGAGUCUGAAUUUGCAGGGGAAGUGAUAUUCAUAUCCUAAAUAUGUAACAUUUUGGUAUUGUUUUA